AGGGAGAGAUUUCCCAUCAUGCCCCGAGGGCUCGGAGGUCAGCAGGUGUACAGCUCGGAUGGACGCCAUCGCCUUCAACACCUACACCGAGUUCUUCACGCACACACACUCCAUCUGUCACUUCCUGCAGUCUGAGGCCUGGCAGAGCCGUGCAGAGGACACCGUCCACAGGUUAACGGAGAGUUCAGCAGGUGUUGCGGAGCAGCUUCAGUCCACCAGGCAGAUGGCUGAGGACCUGAUUGAUGCCCAGAAUACUGCCUUACAGGCACAGCAGAAGAUCUUGAACAAUGGGGAGGAGCUAAGAGUCACCCUGAGAGACUCUACCCAGGGUCUGCGCUCCGUCUUCUCGGAGCUCAGCAGCGUCUCCAGGGAGCAGCAGGAGGUGCUGUCUGAGCUCUUUCACAGAGUUUCCUUCCUGCAGAGUUUCCUGCUGAUGGAGGCGCAAAGUUUUAGCUCCUGCUGCUACAACGCCGCCGCCCUCUGCUCCGCCUUCCUGCUCACCUGCACGCAGCGCUCCUCCAGAGCCAGGUUGGUGUUGUUGAGUUUGGUGUUUUUAAAUUUCUACCUGGAGAGGAAAAUCUACCAGUUUGUGGUCAACUCUGAUCAUCCAGAACACAAACACGUGGUCAGUAUGUUAACCUGA